AUGGGUAACUAUCAAAAAUUUAAAAGAUCAUGGAAAUGUCCUACUUGCACCAACGUUACGGAACGGCGAUCCAGAAAAGACGACACACCGGUAAAAGUUAACUGUGGGGAUUCAUCACCAUCUGAUGUCAUUAACAUGUCUAGUGAUAACAUGCAAGUAAAUGAACUGCCGCCGUCAGAUUUUGAGCACCAUGGAGAAGAAUUAGGUAAAUUGCUUGACGAUAAAUUGGACACUAAGUUACAAAACACUCGUCACUCAUUAGCUUCGGAAAUUAAACAAGAAUUUAAUGAAGUUUUGAUGAAGCUGGAAAGUGAGUUUUUGAAAAUAACUGAAUCCCUAACAGGAGAAAUAUGCGACUUAAAAAGAGAAAUAAGUACACUUCGCGAAAAAGUUCAAACACUUGAGCAAGAAAACAUAUAUGCACGUAAACAAGUAGAAAGUGAACAAAAUAAGCCUUCAAAAAUUUCACAUAUGGAUAAUGUUUGUUGA